AUGAAGCCUUCCACUUCCGCCGUACUGGCCACCCUCUUUGGGCUGAGCGCUGCUCAGUGUGCCAGGGACAACUGCCUGAGAGCCAUCGCGGCCACUCAAAUCCUAACCCGCAGCGGUACCGCCGACUGUUCCAGGUACCUGGAGGUGACCGUCUACCCCGGUGCCGUCACAACCACCCAGACUGUCACGCUCCCGACCAGCGGCGUCUUCACGUCGACUCUCACCGUCACUGAAGCCGGCCCGGGUCCCGUCCAGACCAGCGUCGUUGUCGAGACUGCCUUGGCCUCCCUCACCGAGACCAGCGUCGUCGGCAUCACCGAAGCCACCACGGUCGCAACGGAGACCGUAGUCGUCCCCACUACGGUUCUCGUCUCCAGCACCCGCACCCUUGUCUUCGGCACCACUCAGAUUACCACCGUCGCCACCGAGACCCAGACCAUCUUGGAGACCAUCUCUCUCGACAGGCGCCAGGCCCCCGCGACCGCAGUCUCUUCCAACACGUUCCCAGCAUACGCCUCGGCCUGCAGCUCCGUCAGACGCUAUGCAUCAGCCUGCUCUUGCCUCGGCGUCACACCCAACACUGUGACGUCGGCCGUUGCCGUAGUCACCGUCACUGCUUCGGUGCCGGCUACAAUUCUGUCCACCUCCGUAGUCACCAUCACCGUCACCAGCACCGGCUCGGCUUCGACCGUCCUGGCGACCACGACCACAACGUCCACCGCCCUCGCGACCGUCGUCCUCACUUCCACCGACCUUGAGCUGGUGACUGCUACGACCUCCGUUGCCAGCACCGCCACGGAGCUGAUCGAGGAGACCACAUCUGUGACUGGCACAAUCCUUACCAACGCUACUUUCACGACUUUCGUUACCCGCACCACGUCGGUGCCCCCUGUCUUCGACACCACUACUCUUACUUCCACCAUCGUCUCCUCUUUGUCCGAGACCGAGACCAUCACUUCCUCCAUCUUUCCUAACAGUAGCACCACUAUUACUAUCUCGGAGACGUCCUCCACCCUCACAUCGACCGUCUUCCCCAACACCACCUCCACCGAGUCCAGCAGCUCAGCUGCCACUGACUCUGUGACCUCGACUUCGUUCCCCAACACGACCAUCACCUCGGGAUCCACGACCAUCACGUCCAGCUUCGCGUCGACUACCGUCUUCCCCAACACGACGUCGUCCGUGGAGACGGAGACGAGCUCCUCCUUCUCGAGCUUCUUCCCCAACGUCACCACCACUGAGACUUCUCUGUCUGCUUCUUCGACUCUGUUCCCUAAUAUUACUUCCACUGAGACUUCGAUUUCUGUUUCGACUCUCUUCCCGAACAUCACUACCACCGAGACUUCCCUGUCUGCUUCGUCGACUCUCUUCCCCAACGUCACCACCACCGAGACUUCCCUAUCUGCUUCUUCAACUCUCUUCCCCAACGUGACCUCUACUGAGACGUCCCUCUCUUCUUCUUCGACUCUCUUCCCGAACGUCACUACCACCGAGACUUCGAUUUCUGUUUCGACUCUCUUCCCCAAUGCCACCACCACCGAGACUUCCCUAUCUGCUUCUUCAACUCUUUUCCCCAACGUCACCACCACCGAGACUUCCCUGUCUGCUUCUUCAACUCUUUUCCCCAACGUCACCACCACCGAGACUUCCCUGUCUGCUUCUUCGACUCUCUUCCCGAACGUCACUACCACUGAGACUUCGAUUUCUGUUUCGACUCUCUUCCCCAAUGCCACCACCACCGAGACUUCCCUGUCUGCUUCUUCAACUCUCUUCCCUAAUAUUACUUCCACCGAGACUUCCCUGUCUGCUUCGUCGACUCUUUUCCCUAACGUCACCACCACCGAGACUUCCCUGUCUGCUUCUUCGACUCUCUUCCCUAAUGUAACCUCUACCGAGACGUCAAUUUCUGCUUCGACACUUUUCCCUAAUGCUACAUCUACCGAGACUUCCCUGUCUUCUUCUUCGACUCUCUUCCCCAACGUCACCACUUCCGAGACGUUGAUUUCUCCUUCUUCGACUCUCUUCCCCAACACCACCGUCACUUCUGACACCGAGACCACGGCGUUCCCCACGUCUACUGGCUUCCCUAAUGCCACCGCGACCGAGACUUCGCUCUCCUCCACCCUGUUCCCUAACACGACUUUCACCGAGACUUCGACUGAGUUCCCCACGUCAACUCUUUUCCCCAACUCAACCGCCAUCGAGUCAUCCAGCAUCACAAGCCUCUCGUCCUCCGCCGAGCCGACCGCCUUCCCUAAUACCACGACUACCGUCACCGUGAGCGAUAGCAGCUCUUCCGCUACAGUCACGAUCACUCUCAUCAGCUCGUCCUCCAGCACCGCUGAGUCCACGACCACCGACGACCUGACGUCCGCUUCCGAGACCUCCACCUCCGAAUCCUCAACCUUCUUGACGUCGACCGUCACCAGCGCGCCCAUCUUCAUCGAGACCUCGACCUCGACCUCCUCCACGGAAGAGUCCACCUCGGCCUCUUCGACCGAGAGCAGCACCUUUGUCACCAGCACCCUCACAACUGGGACCACCACCACCUCCUCCACCUCCUCAUCCGCGUCCCCGACCUCCACCGACGGCUUUGUUCGCAACCUCUGCCUCAAGGUCUCCACCGGCCCGGUCCCUGGCUCCGUCGUCGCCAUUGGCUCUAACCGCUUCAGCAUCCGUCCCGCCGGCAGCACCGCCGCGCGCUUCGACCUGAACCUCUCCACGGGCCAGCUCUACCAGACCGACGGCCAGCUCGUUGCUGUCCCUGCGCCUUACGAGGAGGACAACCGCCCCGUCAACGGCUUCACCCCCCGCCAGGUCCUCGUCAACGACCGGUCGCUCACUGUCGGCGUGCCCCUCAAGUGCUCGGCGGCGGGAGACGACGGCGUCAACACAAACACCUACACCCGCUUCUUCUUCAACCGCAACUCGGCCGACUCAGUCCUGCGCAUCGCCACCGACGGGCGCCGCUUCACCAACAACAACCAGGAGAUCACCCUGGCUCCUUUCUCCGGUGCGGACUGCAACUAA